GUAGUUGCUGUAGUUGGUGUAGUAGCUGUAGUUAGUGUAGUAGCUGUAGUUGGUGUAGUCAGUGUAGUUGGUGUAGUAGCUGUAGUUAGUGUAGUAGCUGUAGUUGGUGUAGUUGCUGUAGUUGGUGUAGUUGGUGUAGUUGGUGUAGUUGGUGUAGUUGCUGUAGUUGGUGUAGUUGGUGUAGUUGGUGUAGUUGGUGUAGUUGGUGUAGUUGGUGUAGUUGGUGUAGUUGGUGUAGUUGGUGUAGUUGGUGUAGUUGGUGUAGUUGGUGUAGUUGGUGUAGUUGGUGUAGUUGGUGUAGUUGGUGUAGUUGGUGUAGUUGGUGUAGUUGGUGUAGUUGGUGUAGUUGGUGUAGUUGGUGUAGUUGGUGUAGUUGGUGUAGUUGGUGUAGUUGGUGUAGUUGGUGUAGUUGGUGUAGUUGGUGUAGUUGGUGUAGUUGGUGUAGUUGGUGUAGUUGGUGUAGUUGGUGUAGUUGGUGUAGUUGGUGUAGUUGGUGUAGUUGGUGUAGUUGGUGUAGUUGGUGUAGUUGGUGUAGUUGGUGUAGUUGGUGUAGUUGGUGUAGUUGGUGUAGUUGGUGUAGUUGGUGUAGUUGGUGUAGUUGGUGUAGUUGGUGUAGUUGGUGUAGUUGGUGUAGUUGGUGUAGUUGGUGUAGUUGGUGUAGUUGGUGUAGUUGGUGUAGUUGGUGUAGUUGGUGUAGUUGGUGUAGUUGGUGUAGUUGGUGUAGUUGGUGUAGUUGGUGUAGUUGGUGUAGUUGGUGUAGUUGGUGUAGUUGGUGUAGUUGGUGUAGUUGGUGUAGUUGGUGUAGUUGGUGUAGUUGGUGUAGUUGGUGUAGUUGGUGUAGUUGCUGUAGUUGGUGUAGUUGGUGUAGUUGGUGUAGUUGGUGUAGUUGGUGUAGUUGGUGUAGUUGGUGUAGUUGGUGUAGUUGGUGUAGUUGGUGUAGUUGGUGUAGUUGGUGUAGUUGGUGUAGUUGGUGUAGUUGGUGUAGUUGGUGUAGUUGGUGUAGUUGGUGUAGUUGGUGUAGUUGGUGUAGUUGGUGUAGUUGGUGUAGUUGGUGUAGUUGGUGUAGUUGGUGUAGUUGGUGUAGUUGGUGUAGUUGGUGUAGUUGGUGUAGUUGGUGUAGUUGGUGUAGUUGGUGUAGUUGGUGUAGUUGGUGUAGUUGGUGUAGUUGGUGUAGUUGGUGUAGUUGGUGUAGUUGGUGUAGUUGGUGUAGUUGGUGUAGUUGGUGUAGUUGGUGUAGUUGGUGUAGUUGGUGUAGUUGGUGUAGUUGGUGUAGUUGGUGUAGUUGGUGUAGUUGGUGUAGUUGGUGUAGUUGGUGUAGUUGGUGUAGUUGGUGUAGUUGGUGUAGUUGGUGUAGUUGGUGUAGUUGGUGUAGUUGGUGUAGUUGGUGUAGUUGGUGUAGUUGGUGUAGUUGGUGUAGUUGGUGUAGUUGGUGUAGUUGGUGUAGUUGGUGUAGUUGGUGUAGUUGGUGUAGUUGGUGUAGUUGGUGUAGUUGGUGUAGUUGCUGUAGUUAGUGUAGUAGCUGUAGUUGGUGUAGUUAGUGUAGUUGGUGUAGUAGCUGUAGUUGGUGUAGUAGCUGUAGUUGGUGUAGUUGCUGUAGUCGCUGUAGUUGCUGUAGUUGCUGUAGUUGCUGUAGUUGCUGUAGUUGCUGUAGUUAAUGUAGUUGGUGUAGUUAGUGUAGUUGGUUUAGUUGGUGUAGUUGGUGUAGUUGCUGUAGUUGGUGUAGUUGCUGUAGUUACUGUAGUUGCUGUAGUUGGUGUAGUAGCUGUAGUUGGUGUAGUAGCUGUAGUUGGUGUAGUAAGUGUAGUUGGUGUGGUAGCUGCAGUUGGUGUAAUAACUGUAGUUGCUGUAGUUAGUGUAAUUGGUGUAGUAGCUGUAGUUACUGUAGUUGAUGUAGUAGCUGUAGUUUGUGUAGUUGGUGUAGUUGCUGUAGUUGGUGUAGUUAAUGUAGUUGGUGUAGUUGGUGUAGUUGGUGUAGUAGCUGUAGUUGGUGUAGUUGGUGAAGUAGCUGUAGUAGGUGUAGUUAGUGUAGUUGGUGUAGUAGCUGUAGUUGCUGUAGUUGAUGUAGUUACUGUAGUUGCUGUAGUUGGUGCAGUAGCUGUAGUUGGUGUAGUAAGUGUAUUUGGUUUGGUAGCUGUAGUUGGUGUAGUAGCUGUAGUUGGUGUAGUUAGUAUAGUUGGUGUAGUACCUGUAGUUGCUGUAGUUGGUGUAGUAGCUGUAGUUUGUGUAGUUGCCGUAGUUGGUGUAGUUAAUGUAGUUGGUGCAGUUUCUGUAGUUGCUGUAGUUGGUGUAGUUAAUAUAGUUGGUGUAGUUGCUGUAGUUGGUGUAGUAGCUGUAGUUGGUGUAGUUGGUGUAGUAGCUGUAGUAGGCGUAGUUAGGGUAGUUGGUGUAGUAGCUGUAGUUGGUGUAGUAGCUGUAGUUUGUGUAGUUGCUGUAGUUGCUGUAGUUGGUGUAGUAGCUGUGGUUGCUGUAGUAGCUGUAGUUGGUGUAGUAGCUGUAGUUGGUGUAGUUGGUGUAGUUGGUGUAGUAGCUGUAGUAGGUGUAGUUAGUGUAGUUGGCGUAGUUGCCGUAGUUGGUGUAGUAGCUGUAGUUGGUGUAGUUGGUGUAGUUAAUGUAGUUGGUGUCGUUGCUGCAGUUGAUGUAGUUACUGUAGUUGCUGUAGUUGGUGUAGUAGCUGUAGUUGGUGUAGUAAGUGUAGUUGGUUUGGUAGCUGUAGUUGGU